ACUUCCUGCUGCUUUGUCCUCUUCCCCCUGCAGGGAUGGAGAACCAGACAGAGGUGAGCGAGUUCAUUUUCCUGGGCCUCACCAAUGUGAGGAGUCUUCAGUGUUAUCUCUUUACCCUCUUCCUGCUGCUCUACAUGGCCAGCAUUUUGGGAAAUGGAGCCACUGUGGCUGUGAUACUGGCCGAGCCCCGGCUUCACACCCCCAUGUACUUCUUCCUGGGAAAUCUCUCCAGCCUAGACAUCUUCUACUCCACAGUCACUGUGCCCAAGAUGUUGGCCGGCUUCCUCUCAGGGCACCAGACCAUCUCCUUCACCAGCUGCCUGUCACAGCUCCAUUUCUUCCAUUUCCUGGGCAGCAGCGAGGCCAUGCUGCUGGCUGUCAUGGCCUAUGACCGUUACGUGGCCAUCUGCAAUCCACUGCGCUACACACAGGUCAUGAGCCCACAGGCCUGCCUGCUGCUGGCAGGAGUCACCUGGGCCACUGGCUUCCUACAUGCCCUGAUGCACACGGUCAUGACCUCUCUGUUGCACUUCUGUGGCCCCAACCGUAUCCUCCACUUCUUCUGUGACAUCAAGCCCCUGCUGAGCCUGGCCUGCAGCAGCACCCGCCUCAACCUGAGCCUCCUCCACAACGUCACUGGGAUUAUCGGUGUGAGUCUAUUCAUCAUCACGCUCCUCUCCUACCUCUACAUCAUCACCUUCCUCUUCCUGAAGGUCCAGUCACGGGAAAGCAGGAGAAAGGCCUUCUCCACUUGCACCUCGCACCUCACUGUGAUAGCACUGUACUAUGGGACAGCGAUCUUCGCCUACUUGCGUCCUUCCUCAGGAAGCUCCAGGAGCAAAGAGAUGAUCAUCACCCUACUGUAUAGUGUCAUCACCCCAGCUCUGAAUCCCCUCAUAUACACCCUGCGGAACAGUGAGUGGAGCAGAGUGGAGCAGUUUGCGGGGACUGCUGGAGGAGAGGAGAGGAGUGGAGCAGAGUGGCUGGUGCAGCAGAGCUGUUUGUGGUGAAGGCUGCAGCAGACCUCCACAGAGAGGUGGGACAGUUGGCCUCGGCCCUCGUAAGGUGCCCCUUAACACUCCAUGUGCCCCGACCCCAAAAUUCUACCGAGGCUGGGGAGAGUAAAACUCUGCAGAUGAACUUUUGAACUCUGGGGUGGCACUGACCAGAGACAGAGACUUUUGGGUUGUUGGACUUUGGGGUGAUUUGGACUUAAGACCCUGAGGGGAAAAGGACAUUGCCAAAACUUACUUGGAGGUAGGUCUUUUGCUCAUGGUUUGUGUUAUGAAUCCUGUUUGUG